AUGAAUAAGCCAUCUUUUAUCAAAAUUAACUCUGAAAGAUAUGGGAAUAUGUUGUAUAAAGAAGGUUCAAACAAUAAAGUGUCCACUAAUUAAGUAUUUUUGAAAAGAUUUAAGGAAAAGUUUACAAUAUUAUAACCAACUUAGAACUGCUAACCUAGAUAUAAAUUUUAAUUUUUUUAGUAUUAUAGAAGAUAAGUUUCACUUGCAUAAACAGUCUCUGUUAAGUCGAAAGAUAUAAUGUGGGUAGAUGUCUAAGCUAUAAUUAAAUUUAAUUAGGUAUUUAGAAAAACCUGUAUAAUUGAUGUAAUGUUAUAGUUUUAUAAUGAAAGUGUUUCAAUGAAUUACAUGCUAGGAAAUUAAAACAUUUGA